CCAUAGAGACGAAGAGGCGGCGGCGGCCGGAGCGCCUCCGGGCUCUCUCGGCUCCGCAGGCUCAGGUAGACUUGGAGGCUACGGGGCAGCGGCUGCAGAGGCCGGGCUGGCGGGGCGAGCGCGGGCCGCGGAGCCGACCUCAGGGGUGAGCCGUUUGGUGUAAAAGACUUGACUCCAUAUCUGCAUCUGCCCCCAUGCUGUCAUCCGGCGUAGAGACCCAGCCCGUUCCACUCGAUUCCUCCAUGUCUGCCGAGGUGCAGGAAUUAUACUCUGAACUCCCAGUGAGUGUCUCCAAAGAGCUUCAUGCUGACCCUGAGCCAAGUGCGAUUCCAGAUGUAAAACCUGGAGCCUCAAGCUCUCGUAUAAGUCAGAGUAGGGCAGUGCCCUUGGAGCUGCAGAGGACUCCUGUGGAAAGUUGUCGCGAAGAAACCCCUGAGACCUUGGACCAUGGGGGUGAGCCUGGGCGGUGUGGGCUGGUGGACCCCACAGCAGAAGGUUCUGUGGCUUCUGGGAUCUUGGAUAGGGAAGUGAAAGCCAAGAGCAUGGAGCAAAAGGUCUUCAGAGAUGGAGGGGACCAGGCGGAGAUUGUAAGAGACCCCUGUGAGGGAGCAAAGGAAGACACACGUCAAUAUUCCACAGCUGCUGAAGAGAAGCUCUGCCCCAGCCAGGAGGACCUCCUGUUGCAGGCAAGCAAAGAACAUCUAUGCACGGACCUCCCUGAAGAUGGUCUGAGGAACAAAGAAGGAAAUGUACAAAUUACAGCUGAAACUCUGCUAAAAUCUACUGAGGAAGUACAAGGUAUGAAGGUCAGUGGGACUAAGACAGAUAAUAGUGAAGGACACGAGAAUGGCCAUGUGAGUAAAGGUCUCUCGGCUGGGUGCAGUGGAUACCCAGAAAUAGACAAAAUCAUGAGCAGUGGUGAGGUUUCAGAGACUAGCACGUUAGUUUCCCUAGAGCCUUUAAACUCUGUGGACCCUGGAUUAAUAGAAGCAACUAAAGAAAAAGAAUGUGAAGAACUAAAAACCUGUCCUCCUUGGUUGUCAUUAUUACCAGGGAAGAGUGCCAUUUCCAAAGUGGACAAUGGAAAGGAAGAGUUGUGUACCUUAAACCUUGUCUGUGAAGCAGAUGACAAUCGCCAACAGGUUCCUGGCCACCAUAGUGAGAGACACAGUUCUGCACAUGGUAGUCCCAAAGCCAUGAGAAAGGUGGUUAUUGUAGAACCCUUAGAAGAAAAUUCGGAAGUUUCACAUUUCACAUCAUGUUUGUCUGGUCCAGAAUUCAGAACAACAUCCUCAAAAAAGUGUGGUUUUGAUGGUGAUAGCUUGCCAAAGGGAUCUGCUAAAAAGACAGACAAUUCCUGUUUUGAUGGGGACGAUCAAAGCAAGAACUUGGCUUCUAGAGAAGAAAAUGAACAGCCUUUGAACCCCAGGAGUGAAAGAGAGGAACUCUUUCUUGUUAAUGCCAGGCAAGCAGAAGAGGAUGCUAGUGGUCACUAUUCUGGAAAAAAAGAGGCUCUUGACUUCUCCAAAGAAAAUAUCCACGAUCACUACUGCCCUCAAGGCAGUAUCCACACAGACUGCUCUAGUUCUUUAAUGCCCAAUUCUUUUACUGAAGCCACGGAAAUAAUGUUUAAAAAAAAUGAUUUAAAAAUCACUUUAGACAUUCAGGAUAACUUGGCAAACCAUGAGGACCAUAGAGGAACUUUUGCUAAUAUAAGCCAUCCAGGCACACCCUCUGAAGAGAACCAUUUUUCCUCCUCGAUGCAGAUUGAGGAGCCAGAACAGACAACCACUAUAGAGCCCGGUAUGUUAAGUGAAAAGAUUUACAGUAAAGACUCUAACUCCUUAGUCAGCACCCAGAGAAAUCUGGAAGACAGCACCCAGUUAAAUGAAACAUCACAUGACGGAUUUCUGAUUGAAAGAAAAUCCCCUGUGAGUUUAACGCCAGAGGACCAGAUAAGUUCUAUAAAUGAGGUGUUGAAACCCAAGAAAGACAUUGCUCCGUUACUGCCAGCCCUAGAAUUUGAUGACAGACCUGAGUCAGAAAUAGAUGUACAGAACUCCCAGGACGAUGGUCCCCAUUUAGAUAAACAGAGCGCUGCACGGGAGGUGAAUGAACUUCCUUAUGCCAAUGAACUACUUGUAAACAAAAUAGGAAGUGAAUGUGUUUUAAAUCAAGUGUCCCUUAAUUCUCAAAACCAUGCGAAGUUGCCAACUGACAAAGAGAUGCCUGUAGCAGCGAGCGAGGGCUCCCAAUGGAGCCAGCACCCUCCGUCAGAGGAUGGAGCAGAUGUCACUGCUGGUACCCAGACUGUUCCUGUAAAGACAAAAAUGAAAGACAUCUCUCCACCAGGUGACAAAACCUGUGGUCCCUCUUCAAACAAUCCCACCUUAAACAGCAAAUCAGAAAGCCUAGAAAGAAAAACUGAAACAGCUGACUCAGGAGCAGAAGGUCUGCAUUCCAGACUUCUCUCAAAUCAGAAAGAAGAAGCAGGCUUGCCUCAAGAGGUCUCUGCCGUAGAAUGUCAAAGCAUUCAAUCUCGGGAUCUCUCUAGCUGCCCUUGUGUAAGAAAAAACGUCCCAGAGGAGAGCGCGUGUUCUGCCCAUGCUGCCCUGGAGCCCAGCGAAACCAUCCUGGGAGUUGAGAACUGUCUGAUAACCAAGUAUGAAAAUGCAUUUCAGCACAGCGAUCACCGCCCCCAAGGGAGAGAAGCCUCCGUGGAAAGUUGCAUCCAUAAAGUGAGUUGUACAUCGGCGGAAAGUGAGCCAGGUGGGGGAGAAACUGAAGGCAGCCUUCCAGGAGGUAAGAUCAGAAACGAAAUGACGGCAGGCAUGUUAAAUAGUGAAGCUCCAAACAGGACCAUCCACACCACCUGUCACAUCCAUCCCAGCGAGGAAGGGCUAGAAGAAAAAGAACAGGACACACCUAAAGAGACUGUGUUUUGUAAACAUAACAUCUGUGAUUGUGCCGCACAGGAAUUAGACCAACCUGCAAACAUUCCAAGUCCUGAAAAAUUGUUGGACCAGUUUCCUACUGUUACGUUCUCCGGUGUUAAAAACAUGAACCAAGCAGCUGAAACUCCUGAGCAGAAGGCAGAUGAAGCCCUCGGCUGCCAGAGCAACCCAAACAGAUCCGAUGAAUGCAGGAGUGAAGAUAACCCAGCUAAGGAGACACUAGGCAGCGACCAGAGAGAGAUGGUCGCAGAGCCUAAUGGAGAGGUGAGCCACAGCCUGAAGGAUCUGCCAGUCGGUUCAGGCCAUAACAGCUCAUCGUCUGGUGGAAGCCUGAAGAAAGGGGCCUUUGAAAGGAUUUCUGGUUGUGAGGAGCCCAUAGACGGUAUGGCAGACAUGGUCUCCACAGGCUGUAGUGAUAAGGGCACAGAAGGCGUUGUGGACAUAAGGGCGUCUAGUACUCUUGAUGGGGGUGCAAGGCAGGAUGGGCCAGCAUUACAGGAAACCUCAAGGAGUGUGCUGUCACAGAGCGGAGAGCCUAUUGCUGCAUUUAUGGGAAGGAUCGACCAGGAUUCAGAUUCCCAAGAUGCUACUUCCUCGACAGCAGACUUUCUCGAAAUUAAAAAAUCAUAUGAAGAGAAAGUAUGCAGAUUGUUAAAAGACUGUGAAAUGGAAGUGUGUCCAGAUUCUUGUGCCCCUGAGACAGGGUCUGUGGCAGAUCAUAAACCAAAUGUAAGAGUAUUGGAUAGAAUAAAUGUGUCUUUAAAUUAUAUUCAUCUUGAACAGCAAGCUAAAGAAGCAUCUCUGAGAGAAACACAACGAAUGAUUGAAGGAUCAAGACUAGAAAUAAAUUCUGAGCACGACAAGGGAAAUGCCAUUGGAAUUUCCUCAGAAGAACUGACAUCUUCUGGACACCAAGAGGAGAACUCUGUGCCCCCGGGAAGCCUGAAACCCACUGAGAUAACUCCUUUGCAUCCGUUGUCUCAAGAAAAAUCAGAAACAAUUAUGAGUAGUGAGGAAACUGACCCGAAAAACCCUUUUAAACCAAAAGAUGGUGAAAUGCCCUGUGAGAAUGUAAAGGACUGCAUGGUCCUGCCUGAGAUGAAAGGAAGAGCACCAAGGGAUAAGAGUAAUCCUAGCGAAGAAAGCAGCACAGCCCUCAUUGCGGAAAGUUUGCCUUUGACGAUGGAAACAGAAACCGAAGUGAAAAGAGAAGAAACUGCAGAACACCAGAGGGGACCACGGGGUCAGUUUCCUGCUGUGGAGGAGUCUGAAGAGAUGACUGUCAGAGAAGGUGUUCAUGGUGAUAACAUGAGCCAGGUGUCUCAGACCCAUCUUAAACCCCCGAGGAUGCCGCGUGAUGCUGAGGACCAACAGAGCCAGAAGGCUUUGGACUACAAGGAAGAGGAACAGAUGCAUCAAAAAGAAGCACAUGCAGCUUUGGAACGAUGCACAUCAUCUAAUAUGUUGUCAGAUGAGGCGCAAAGUAAGAGCCAACCUAAGGAUCGCAAAGCUGAGCCCACCGUGGUGAAAGAAAUCACCCUAGCAAAGCCAGCCACAGGUGACACUGCUGCAGGGUUUCAGAAGCUGAAAGACCCAAAGGAGGAAAGCUUGUGUCGCCCAUCAAAAAAGGAUAUUGAGUCGUGCGCAGGCCCUUGCCUCAAUGAUGCCCCCCGGAAAGCACAAGACCCCAACUCCGCUGGGCGUGAUGAACUACACGGUGCCUUUGGGAACACUUCACAUCAGAAAGGAGUGCUUCCCUUAAAGAAGCAGCCCCACCGAAUGUGUAAGAAAGUUUCCUGCCAGGAGCUAGUCAACACGGGGAGGAAAAUAAGUAAAAUCAGAAGUUCUGCCUUUUUAAAGAGCUCCUCUGAAACCAUCCCCACAAACGCACACAGAUUUCUCGGUUCACAUGCUGUGUCUGCACCCACGCAACCGGAACCUGAAACCGCCCCUGCCAGGAGCCUUGUUAGCCACGUACCAAAGCAGAAGGCCACUCCAGGCCAGCCCUCGGGUAGCCUGAAUGUUCGGAAGCCUACCAAAGAAUCAGCCUUACUCAGCAAGCUGUCCAUCCUUGCCUCCAGACUGGCCCCGGCCACAAAGACCCAGAAGCUACGAUAUCGGCGGUGUUCCUCUGACCUUCUUCCAGUGGCUAAAAGCUACAAGCGGCUCAGAUACAAAAGGCUCCUGGAUGGGUUUUCCUACAGCACAACGCAGCUGAAUCCAUGGUUGGCACGUAGUGAUUGGGACAGGUGGCCUAACAGUAAACCCUUGACGCUUUAUUCGCUCGAAGCCAUCAAAAUGAGCCUCAUAGAUUUGAGCGACAAGAUGCCAUCCCUGUUGUUUGGUUCCGAAGUCUUCCCAGUAUCCUUUCACGUGAAGUCAGGCUCCGAGUGCGGGACCGAGUCCCCAAGGACUUUUCCCGAGCACUGUGCACCCGCGAGGCUCGCCUUAGGAGAGGCCCGCCGGUGCCCGUCUUCACCUCCCAAGUGGACCUUCUCUUUCUUCUUGGCCCACGACUGCCCUGGGGUGGCCACGUUCAGGGAAGACCCUGGCCUCUACUGUCAAGCAGGCGCCCAGCCUCCACUGCAGCCUCCAGUUCCUCUCCAAGACCAUGGAGCCACCGCCAUAGUCCAGACCAGAGCGGGCUGCUCCGUCCUUGGCCUUCACACACUCCUAGCACUUUGUUCCCCGGGAUGUUACCGAAUCUGGACGAAAAAACGGAGCUGCUCCAGCCACAUGCCCACCAUGCAGAGGCUCUUCCUGACCCAGUUUACCCAGGGUCUGAAAGGGUUACGGUCUCCCGCCUCCAUAGCAGACAAGGUCUUCUGUUCUCUGCCCUACUCGGUGGGCCGAGUACUGUCCAUUUGGAGCCAGCACGGGCCUUCUGCCUGCCCCUUCGAAAUCUCUGCUCUUCAUUCCUCUCACAGCAAGCGGCAGCCACGUCUGGGCACCAGGAGCAGCCACACUGCGUUACCGUCCGUGCGUCUUCCGGGCCUGGAAGCUGCUUACAGCACCAGUGGCAGUCAUGUGAGGCUAGAGCCUCCAUUCCCUGCCUUGGUACCAAAGUCUCGCUUGGUAACAGACUCAGCUGUCAGCAAGCUCCUGCUUUCAGCCUCCGAGUUCCCGGUUCCUGGAUUUGAUGAGCUGGAUGGUGUGACAGCCCCAUGCCCCCGACCGCAGAGCAGCCCCCCAGAACAGAAAGAGACCGAGCCGGAGAAGAGGCCAAAGAAGGUCUCACAGAUUCGCAUCCGGAAAACCAUUCCUAAGCCGGACCCUAACCUUACCCCCAUGGGCCUUCCUCGACCCAAAAGGUUAAAGAAAAAGGAGUUUAGUUUAGAAGAAAUAUAUACCAACAAGAAUUAUAAAUCUCCUCCUGCAAACAGGUGUUUAGAGACCAUCUUUGAGGAACCUAAGGAACGGAAUGGUACGCUCAUCUCAAUCAGCCAACAGAAGAGGAAGCGAAUUCUGGAGUUUCAGGAUUUCACAGUCCCACGGAAGAGGAGGGCUCGCGGUAAGGUCAAGGUGGCAGGCAGCUUUACCCGGGCCCAGAAGGCGGCGCUGCAGAGUCAAGAGCUGGAUGCUCUGUUGAUACAGAAACUGAUGGAACUGGAGACCUUCUUUGCCAAGGAAGAGGAGGAGCAGGAGCGGUCGUCUGGUUGUUGAGAAGCGAUUCAGGUGGGGGGGUCUCAACUUUAGACUUUCCCGGCCUCCUUGGAAGAGGUUGCCUAAUUUUGCCCUACCGCCCAAACCACUCAAAAUGCAGACUAUGGAUUUUUACCUAUUUCAAGGUGCAGCCUUUUUAGGAACUGGUGAAAGAGGGUCCUCUAACUUGUACUGCUGAGUAUAGAACCUCAGGAACGCUCCCUUUCUCCUGGAAAUGGUCCUGAAUGAUGUCGGCCUCCUCCCCACACUCUCUGCCAUCCACGGAGGAGGACACCACAUACCUUCAGUAACACUAGGUUUCCAAGGACUCACAGCAUUUGCACGUCCAUGUGAAAGUUCCACGUCGUUUACGGUGGUGCUAGACCAAGAUUAUUUAGACACGUGGCCUAGGGAGGGGGACCUGGCGUCCUGUCCCGUGUGGUCUCACCGGCUCAUUUCAGUAGUUGAGGAAAGAUGAGCUGCUGUGUUUUCUAAUCCUUUGAGCCCAUCUGUCCAGAACCAGGUGUGUGUGUGUGUGUGUGUGUGUGUGUGUGUGUGUGUGUGUGGCUUUUCCCCAUCAUUUUCUCCCCUCUGUGACUGUGGGUCACUAGUGCCAGAGGAGCCCGUCCAGGCCCCAUUCGAAGUAAGUUGCACUUUUUAAUGUGGUGGUGUUGAUUAUUUUCAUUUGUUUUAUUUCCCUUUUUUUUUUAAUUAUUGCUGCAUGUUUGGAGCCUUUAAAUGUGAUUUUAAAGCAGUUUUUUAAGACAUCAAGGAGAAAGACAGUACACGUCUUCAGAACACACGACAGGCAUUUGACCUGGUUUGUCGGUGCGUGGUGUGAGGCAGCCGAGAGCCGUUUUCCCGUUGACGUGUUCAAGCAGCCCCUUCCCUGCCUCCAGCUCCUAGUGCGACUCAUUUCUCAUCUGGGUUCUCAUUCUUGCUUAAGUAGUGGUAUUUAUUUUAAUGAUGGAAGUAAGAGCAGGUCUCUCCCCCAGUCAUUUAAAAAGUUGGAAGCUUGGGUGUGGUCUUAGUGGGUUUCAUCUGAAGUGGUGGUCCAUGACAAAGGCAUCCACGACGGCUCAGGUGGUGAUGAAGCCGACCCAGAGCGUUCGCAGCUGCCAGAGCAGCCCGCUCCAGAGUGGGGAGGAGGACAGUCUGGGGUCACGAAGUUCCAUGGCCAGCCCUCUUGGAGGGCAGCUCACUGUACUCUGGGCUCCUGCAUCAGACCUACUGGAAGUUUGGUAGAAUGCCAGACAGAGGUCUCUGGGUUUCUCCGUUUGCCUGCGGCAGUCUGUGGUCAGAGGACCAGAAGCGUGCUGUGUGAGGCCACAAGCCCGGAGGUUUCAUUCCUUUCCCACUUAAGGCCUGUGUGCCCUUGCCUUGCUUCCCCUCCUCCCCUUCCCUUGUGUUUUAUCUUUUCUCUCUCUCUCUCUCUCUCUCUCAAAACAAGAGUGCAGAGAAUUAACAUUCCUUGGCUGGUGAGUGGGAUGCUAAGCCCAGCCUCAGGACACUGGUCACCUCUCCCAUCCUCCCAGGAGCCACUGCCGUGGAGCAGCGCCAAUGGGAACUGUCAAAGCUCCAGAGACAUUUUCGAGUCAGUCUGUGAGAGGAGUGAGUGGUGCCCUCCUGGAUCAUGUCUCCUGGGUCCCUUUGGUUUCC